GAGAGAGGCGGAGGCGUGGCUUCUGGACCCGGGCCCCGCCCCUUUCGAAUCCUGCAACAUUGUAGCCGCUCACGCGGAGGCUCCUGCGUGCGCUGCGCUCCCGGCUUCCCCCCCUCCCCCGCUCUUUCUAAAAGCCCCCCCUUCCCCAGAUCCCUGGCACCUCCCUCUAUGAUCCAGGGUGUCCCUCCCUCCAUGGCCCACCUGUUUGAAGAAGGCCGAAAAGAGGUUUUCAGGGAGCCGACUGAGGGGUGAGUAGCUCCCAGGAGGAAUGCCGAGAGUAAUGGCACCGAGGAAAUAGGUUUGGGGCAUUUCGACUCGGUGCAGUCUGGAAUUCUGCUGGUGGGUGGCGGCAGACUCUGCACGUGCUCAGAGGUACCCUUGUUUUUGCAUAUUUAUUUCUCUGGCGGCAGACAUGGUUUUCGCUGCUCUCCGUUUUAUCCUCACAACAACCCUGUGAGGUAGGUUGGGCCGAGAGGCAGUGUCUCUCCCAAGGUCAUCCUUGGGGGGGGGGGUUGAAUUCUGGUCUUCCAGCUCCUAGUCUGACAUGCUAAACCCAGAUGGGAUUACCUACUGGGUGCUAAGAGGCAUGGCGGGAUGGUCUCAGUGGAUCAAGUUCAUCAGCUUUGUUCAGUUAAACUAAAAUAGCCCCAACAGGACUGAAAUAAAUAUGCAAUCCAUUGUGUACUGUUUUGGAUUUUAUUGUGCUGUUAUCUUCCUUAGUGGGUCAAGCAAGCCACUGUUCUGAAUAAUGCUUUUUUGUAGGGUAGGGGGGCACUGGGGAUUAAUUUAUGGAACCAAGGGGGCGGGAUAGAAAAAAAUUCCUUCAGUAGCACCUUAAAGACCAACUAAGUUUUUAUUUUGGUAUGAGCUUUCGUGUGCAUGCACACUUCUUCAGAUACACUAGAAACAGAAGUGUCAGACCCUUAUAUAUAUACAGAGGGGGCGGGGGCGCCCAAAAGUUUGGUAACCACUGCUCUAACCACUGCACCACAUUGCCUCUCUGGCAUGUGGGAAUCUAGAGACCAGAUGCUUUCCCAAUCCUUCUAAUGAUGCCUUGGGGGAGCAGAAAAUAAUUGAAUCUCGUGCCAGGAAAAAGUUGGAUGGAUGUUAUUGGAAGAAGCUGCUUGAGCAAUAAUUAGGAAAUCUAAGCUUGUCAUAUCUAGGGUUUUCUUUCCCCUGGACCGUCUCCCUCGCUCCCCAAGCAGGAUCCAUGCUGGGCCCGGUCGUGGUUCACCCCGAAGCCCCGGACGGAGGCUGGGGGUGGAUGAUCGUCCUCUCGGCCUUCCUCCAAUCCGCGUUGGUCUUUGGCGUGAUCCGUUCCUUCGGGGUCUUCUUUGUGGAGUUUGUGACGUACUUUGACGAGCUGUCCGGACGGAUUUCCUGGAUCACCUCGAUUGGGAUCGCGGUGCAACAGUUUGCGAGUCCGGUGGGCAGUGCUUUGAGUUCUCGCUAUGGGGCCCGCCCUGUCGUCAUGGCUGGCGGGUUUUUCUCGGGCCUGGGGUUCCUGCUGGCCUCGUUUGCCACCUGCCUGGCUCACCUGUACCUCUGCAUCGGACUCCUCUCAGGUUUCGGCUGGGCCCUGGUCUUCACGCCCUCCCUGGCGUCGGUCGCCCGGUACUUCAAGCGCCGCCGGACGCUGGCCACGAGCCUGGCCUUGACGGGCGUGGGCCUCUCGUCCUUUGCCUUCUCGCCGCUCUUCCAGCUCCUGGUGGACACCUACGCCUGGCGAGGGGCCCUCCUCAUCGUGGCGGGCAUGUCCUUCAACCUGCUGGUCUGCGGGGCCCUCAUCCGCCCCAUCACCCUCAAGGAGGAUCUGCCGGGUCCGGCGGGCCACGGCACCAGAGGGACGUGCUGGACGCGCUUCUCCUCCCUCUUCGGCCUCCACCUCCUGGGCCACUUUGCCUUCAUGAGGUUCGUUCUGGCCAUCACCCUGGUCAACACGGGCUACUUCGUCCCCUACGUCCACCUCGUGGCCCGCGCGAGGGAGCUGGGCUUCGACGAGUACCAGGCGGCGUUCCUCAUGUCGCUGACGGCCGCGGCCGACCUGUGCGGCCGCCUCUUCUCCGGCUGGCUGUCCAACUGCCGCGGCUGCCGCCUCGCCCGCAUCCUGGUGGCGUGGACCUUCCUGACCGGCGUGGCUUUGGUGGCCAUUCCGUGGGGCCGCGACUACCCACUGCUGGUGGCCAUUAGCCUCUGCUAUGGGUUCUGCUCGGGGGCUCUGACGCCCGUGGUCUUCUCCAUCAUCCCCGAGAUCGUGGGCAUCGCCAACAUCUUCAGUUCCAUGGGGCUGCUGCAGAUGAUCGAGAGCAUCGGGGGGCUGCUGGGGGCACCUCUUUCUGGUUGGCUGAGGGACGCAACGGGUGACUACGUUGCUUCUUUCUUAGCGGCCGGGUCGUUCAUGCUCGCCGGAAGCCUCGUCCUGACGACUCUGCCCAACUUCUCCAGCUGCCUUGCCCCUCCUCCGUCUGUGCCAGAACCCAGUGCUAAAAUGGAGGACGGCGAGGGCACUCUCUUGGCAUCAGCAACUGCUCCUGUGGGGGUCCUAACUCCCCGCGACUGCCACCCUUACAAGGUCAUACCUGAGACAGAGGAACCGCUGGCCAAGAGCUGAUCACCCGAGGCCAGCCUUUCCCAACCAGAUGUUGCUAGACUACAGCGGCCAUCAUCCUUGGCUGUUGGCUAAGCCGGCUUAGUUGUCGUUCAGCAUCGGGGGGGGGGGGAGAAGGUUAAAGAACAGGAAUGGGGAACCUAAGGCCCUCCAUACCUUGCUAGACUACAGCUCCCAUCACCCCUGGCUGUCAACUGUGGAUGAUGGGAGUUGUAGUCCAACAAACAUUGGCUACUCCAGGACUAGAGAGAACAAACCUUGUUGGCACCAGCGUGGGGGGGGAGAAUGUUUGGCUGGCAUCCGCACACCAUACAUUGAAAGCACGUGGCCUCCCCCACCAAAAUAAUAGUCUUGGGAGCUGUAGUUUGUUAAGGGUGCUGGGAACCGUAGUUUUGUGCGGUGUGCAGAUGCGUCCUCGAAGGGAAGAGGAGCGGGCUUUCUUGUAGUGGAAGCUGGUAUUUCCCUUGCCUGUGCCUUAACUACCGUUCCUCUGAGCCCACCCGCAAAGGUUGGACCAGGUGCAUGAAAACAGACGCGCUCCAGAAACCGAACAUGUUGGCGAACUUUGGACCGCCGAUUUCCCCAGAGGAAUGCCUUCUGCAAACUUUUACGAGGCUCCUCAUCGAUGCCCAUGCAGGUAACCCAGUCCCCCCCGGAAAAGACCGUCGUAGCAUUUGGACAUUCCAGGACGCUCGCAUUGGAGGGACUUCAGCAUCCCAUAACCCGCUCAAUCAAGUUUCCGCAAGGGAGGAGAGGAAGGGUCAGAGCGUCCAUUGUAAACUCUGAAAUGUGGCUUCUUCCCCACCCCGUUAAAUUUAGGAUUAAAAAUGUGACGUUUUGACGGAACUCUUUUCUGCAGUCUGCAGCCAUAUUUAUUCUUAAUUUAUUCAUUUGAUAAUUCCGGCAGUUUGUGGAAAUAAAAUUGCCAAAGAUCCACGGCGGAAAUGGCUCGAGCUGUUCAUCUGAUCACCUCUUGCGAGGAGUGGGUGGCUAAUCUUGGGGGGGGGGCUUUCCAGAUGUUCUCAAACUCACCUGUGACCACAUGCUGGCUGGGUCUGGCGGGGGGGGUCAGGGUCCAACAUCUGGAGGGUCUGCAAGUUAGCCACCCACUGUUAUAAGUGUUUGCAUGGAGUGCGGUUAGUGAAUCAUCCUUGAGCCAUUUCAUUUUG